ACGUACACAAAACAUACGUAGGUCAUUUAUAUUGCAAAAAGAAUGAGCCCUCUACGACCUUUUCAGACAGUUGUGAAAUCUUCUCAGUGGAAACCUGAGAAAAAGCAACAAGAUGGUGCAACGACUUUGUUUCCGCCGUAGGCAUACCUACAACACCAAAUCCAACAAGGUCAAAAUUGUGAAGACACCAGGUGGUCGCCUGGUCUACCACUACCGCAAGAAGAAGCCGUCACCUGCCAGGUGUGGCGACACCGGUGUAAAGCUCAAGGGAGUUCAAGCCGCCCGCCCUAAGAAGCUCAUGGCUCUGUCUAAGCCCAAGAAGAAGGUCUCCAGGGCCUACGGAGGAUGUCUCUGCGCCAAGGCAGUCAAGCAGAGGAUCGUGCGUGCUUUCUUGAUAGAGGAGCAGAAGAUCGUGCAUAGAGUACUCAAGGCCUCUCAGGGAAAGAAGAAAUAGACACCAAGCUUGUCAAAAGGGAUGGGAUUCAUCAAUGUCAAUAGUCUGUACAAAUAAAUUUGUGGGCACCAGCAAAAAAAAA